CAUUUGCAGGCAUAAAAAAGCCAAGUCUAAUAAAACAGAAAAACACAACAAAAACAACAGAUGAGCAGAAUGAAUCUUCUCUUUCUAGCCAUUACUUUGGGGCUUUCAGGAGUGUCUCCCCUGGAGGACUACAAGGUGUGUCAGCCUCACUCUAGACCCUGGCAGGUAUAUCUACAUGGUGGAGGAGUAUCCUGCAGUGGAGCUCUCAUUAACAAAUGGUGGAUAGUAACCUCUUUUGAUUGUGCACCCAGAUCCUACAGCACCAUCGCAUCCCUCGGAGAGCACGACGUGACCGUGGAGGAGGGCACUGAGCAGCACAUUUAUGUUGCCGAUGUGAUCAUUCACAGCCCCUACCGCUCACCCCUCCACAGCCUCACAAUGGUCCGUCUGACCAAGCCAGCCAGCUUCAACCAGUACGUUCAGCCCAUCCCUCUGCCCAGUCACUGCCCGCUGCCGGGAGAGACCUGCUAUGUCAGCGGCUGGGGCUCCACUAUCCCAAAUCAAUACGAGCAUUAUCAACGUCUGAAGUGUAUAACUGUGCCUGUUGUGGAUGACCAGACUUGUAUGAACACAUUCCCUGAGUUCCUGUUCUGGAGCAUUGGCAUGGUCUGCGCUGGUCAAGCAAACACAGAUAACUGCUUGAAUGAUAGUGGCAGCGUCAUGGUGUGCAAUGGCGAGCUGCAGGGUAUGCAGUGGUUCGUAAAUGGCUGCAACAACCCAGCUCACCCCUCGGUCUACACCAAGCUGUGCAUAUACAAUGACUGGAUCAAAGAGGUGAUGGACCGUAAUGCACCCACUCUGCCAACGGAAACCACUCCAUGGAUGACGACAUGAGGCAGCAGAGAGACACAUUUAUUCCCAGAUAAAAUGUACAUUAUCUAGGCUAGGCUUUGGUAGCAGUAGUUUGGGGGUUGCCCUUUGAGUAUUGCACUAAUAGACAAUCUAGAUAGGAAUAACUGACAUAAAUCCUAUGCUCAGUUAAAAUAAAUUAAAAUAAAAUGCAUUACAAUA